CGAGAAACUAUACCUUGAACAUGAUUCGCACUGCGGCUCUCCUCACACUCGCUUCAUAUGUUUUAGGACAUGGAUACAUCAGUGAAUACUAUGUCGCUGACAGACACCACGACGGUUCAAACUACUCAACUGCUGGUCCAGCUAUCCGUGGUGUACCAGGUGAUUUAGGUUACGUUAAAUACUGGAACCUUAACACUCCAAACGUCGUCUGUAAUGAAAACGGAAACCAACCAGCUGAACAAGUCGUUGAAGCUAACGCUGGUGACGUUGUCAAGAUGCGCUGGAAGGGUGACCGUGGUCCAACUGGUGACUACUGGGGUCACUACGAAGGUCCUAUCAUGUCUUGGUUGGUCCCAUGUAACGGUGACUGCACCCAAUUCACCCCAGACGAGAACACUAUGAUGUUUAAGCUUGAUGAGGCUGGUUUGGAUACCUCCAAGGGUCGCUCCCCACAAGGUUUCUGGCCAAGUCGCCCAUCAGGUCAAGGUCAAUGGGCUCAAGAUAGACUCUCCACUGAACAACAAUCAUGGUGGUCUACUACUAUCCCAUACGACCUUCAAGAUGGUCAAUACCUCCUUAGACAUGAAAUCAUCAACUUAGCUUCUGCUCAAACUCCAGAUGGUGGUGGUCACACAUGGCCAGGUGGUAUCCAAUCUUACCCACAAUGUAUCCAACUUAACGUCAAGAACGGCCAAGGUGUUGUCCCACCACUCGUUAAGGCAACCGAGGUCUACACUCAAGAUGACAUGUUCUUAGACAUCUACACCCCAGGUCCAGAUGGUAUCUCAAGCUACAAGAUUCCUGGUCCAAAGCCAUACGUUCCAGGUUCCGCAGGAAACCAAAAGCGUAUGCGCCGUCACGCUCGUCGUAACUCACACUAAAUAUCUCUUUCAUUGGAGUGAAAUUGAAACUUUUCUUACUCUCCUAACAUUUUAGUUUCUUCACUUUCUUAUUCACUUUCAAAACACCUCGAACUGGCUUCGAUACCUUUUUUUUUUUAUUCUUUUGUUCCCCUAACAAAUUGUUAU